CAAAUAACAAAGCGAUACGUGGGUAUUAAUAUAUUGGCAAACACUUGAAUAAAGUUUAAACCUAUACAUAAGGCGAUCUUCCGGGUUUGUUUUUAGUGCCUACCAGGAAUAACAUGGCUUCAAAUUUGGCUGUGACGCAAAGGGGUCAAUUCAGUGAUGCAUUGUACCAGAUGCAAAAUCAAGAGCCAGGGCCAUCGUUUCAACAAAUACAACCUGAUGUGACCCCUAAGAGUGACGAGCCACUAAAGAAAAAGCGCUGCAUGAGUCUGAAGUACCUGGCGUUCAGCAUAGUGGUGUGUGGCCUGUUAGCAGGAGUGAUAGUAGCGGUUGUGUUUGGGAAAAGAAAUCUGAAAUAUGACAAGCAACCACUAGGGGGCGUAAUAUCUACUGAAAAACCUAAAGUUGAGUGUCCGGAUGUGACGAACAUAACCCACGGCAAGAGCAUCGUGUUCGAGUGCGACUUCUCCCAAAACCGCGGCGUUAAAGCUGUAUGGGACAAUUUAGACUGGCCAAGAACUGAGGUCGAUUACCCACCUAGUCAUGUGAACAAGUCGGACUUAUUGUGCAACAAACGCGACUCUGGUUUCGUCAUGAGAUGCGAGUCCGAUAGCGUUACCAAGGCAUCGUGCUCCAAUAAUGGGCAGAUAACUCUGACACUGAAAAGCAAAACAGGAUUAGAUACGUAUUCCACGUCGUUCGCGAUGAGUUUGCAAGAGGGUAUUAUCAACGCGUCAACGCCGAUUGCCAAUAACGUGUCUGGAUCCGUUGUGGUAGGAUGUAGAGCAAUCGGGGUUUGCAAGUCUUACCAGAUGCAUUUCUACGCGUAUGAGAAUGACACCAAGAAAACAAAAAUUGACGGACCUCAGUUGAACUGUGAAAGCUCUUUUAAUAAUGCCAACGGCUAUACGAUCGCCUGUAAGGACGAAAUUAAGGGCGACGACAUUCGUAAAGGCAUAACAAAGGUCACGUGCGCUUUGACGGAUGGUAUGGAUGAAUCAAUAACACAGGAGACGGAGAUUAAGUUUCCCCUAUGUUGCGAAAAGAAAGCCCAGUCGGCAAUAAACUGCGCGGCAGACUGCAGGAACUGCACCGACAGUUGUCCUUACUGCAACAAAGACAUCUGGUGUCGACAUGGCACAAAUGAAUUUAUCACGGGAAAGAAUUCAUCAUUCGAUAUUUGCGAGGCCAUGAACACUUUAAACUGUACACCUUACGGAGGUUGAACGAACUACACUUUACACCAAAGUGAAAACCAGCAUUUAAUUAAAUUGCUCACUUUUUUAUCUUUGAUUUUGUUAUUGAAACGUUUAAGAUUUUGUCAGGUUUGUAAAUUAAUUUAAUAAAUGCAAAAAUAUUAAUCAUGAAAUGUACAAAAUCACAUAAGUUUUUAAUGCAUCAUUUGCCAAGCUAUCAGUGAUUGUAUAAUACGUGUGAUACAUAUUGUGUCGCCAACAACCAUUGAUUAUUUAUUUUCGAGCUAUUUUCGUGUCUAUCUGUGAUUUUAGCGCUGUGAUUUGUCUUGUGAAAAUGUACUUUUUAUCAAUACAAAAAAACAAUGUGUUUUAGUACAAGUU